AUGUCCCAUGGAGGAGCCGCGCGGUACUCACAGUACAUAUCCGGUGCAGGUCCUCAGCAGCAACAAUCGAACGGUGCGGGGAAAUCUGCCAACCAAACGGCAUCCUCAAUGACGACGCAACAGCAGCAGCCACAGGUGCCUUCGCUUCCUUUCAUGCGACCACCGAUGUUGGUGACGUCAUCCGGUGCUUCCAUGCUACCACCGCCACCGUGCCCACAAACACCGCCAACCUCCAGCGGACUACCAAAGUAUCCUGGGUCACCCAUCGGCAGUCUGUCUGGAUCCGAUACGGAUGUUUCUACCUCGAACGAAAAUUUGUCACGCGAGGAACGGUACGUACUGAGCCAUGCUCGGGUUGAGCCGCAGGGUGAAGAAAAUCUGCAAGGGAACAUAACACCGGUGAAUGAGAUCCAAGGACGAUUCAUUGGAGAUAAGUUUUCCUCGAACACUUCGUCGGAUUCAACGCGCUAUGCCACGCCGACCGGUGGCAGCAGUAGCCGCAGUAUCUCAGAAACACGAGGUGGCAGCAUGUACGCCAAUAUCGGUACCGGUCCGGAUGGACCAUCGAACCGUAGCUCAAUGGCUGGCUCGAAUCGCAACUCGUUGAAGGAACCGAACUCGAAUCGCUCUUCGAUGGAUGUCUCGCAGUCAUCGUACAAUACGCUUAUCAUCCACGAUGACAUCUACAGCUCGGUUGCCUCUUCCGGGCGCGAGUAUGCCGGCAGUCCGCCACCGUACAUGAAAAAGGAGCGACCACGCUCGUACGGCGAAGCUGCCCCGAAUGCCCCGAUGCAGGAUAUAUCGGAGAUCAGCGAAGAGUACAUUAACCAAAGCCACGUGCUGAAGCAUCUGGCCAAAGAGGUGAAGCUGUCACGCGCUAAUGCGCGCAACAGUCGCCAGCAGUCGAGUGGCGGCUCAACGGCAUCCAAUAUGGACGGUGAGAAGAAGAUGGCAAACAAGGGUGGACAAGGUCGGCGGGGCAGUGAAACGACAGCCGGCGGUGGAGGGAAAAGCAAUGCGAAGUUGAAAAGCAAGAGCCAACCCGAUCUCACCCGGAUGUACGACAUCGAUCCGGAGGAGGUGGAAGCGUUAGUGAAGGAGAAUCAACUGCUCAAGCAACAGUUGAACAAUUGCUAUCUGAAGGUUGCCAAAAGUCAAAAGUUGGAACAGGAAAUAGCAAAUAUCUAUAGAGUGCAUGAGGAAUUGGUGCAGUCUUGCGAUCGGCGCGAGCGUUUGGAAAGAGCGGCUCGUACACGGCUGCAGCAGGAUUGCCGCAGGCUGCAGGAGCUAAACCGAGCGUUCCGGGAUCAGGUCGAGGUCUACCAGAGCCAACUGCAUGCAUCCUCCGAUCAUCAGCUCGGUCGAACGCAACAGGACGUACUCAUCUCGCAGCUAGUGAAUCAAAACAAAUCGCUAAUCGAUGCCAAUCGCCGACAAUGCAUCGAAUUACAGGCACAAAACGCGACACUCGAAGAACAGCGCAUCCACAUUAACGUACUCGACACGGCACUGAAACGUCUCGAGGAAGAGUGUCGGCAAAAGCAAGUAUACGUGGAGCGCUGUGCACAGUUGCAACAUGCGUUACAAUCUCUGCAAAAUGCAAGUGAACGACGCGAACAGGCUGAGCGAAAAUUGCGCAUCGACUACGAUAACGAUCUGCCAAAUCGAAGCGGUAGCAGCACUAACAGCGAAACGGACAACCUCAAAUGGCAGUUGCGUGAGAAGGACGCGCAAAUACUACGGUUGGAAUCUGAAUGUGCCCAGCUGGAGCAGCGUAAUCUGGAAGAAUCAAAUGUGCGCAACGUGGCCAAGCUGGCCAUGGAGCGAAACUCGCAGGAAACGGAGCGUAUUCUUGCUGAGGCAAAGCAGGAAAAGAUUCGUUACCUUGACGAAGCACACGCAGCCAAUCGGAAGGUGACGGAACUACAGACUCGGCUGAAGCUGGUGGAGAACCGACUCGCUGAGAAGGACGCUAUGAUACGUGCCUACCAGGGACAGAAAAUUUACGGCGGCUCGACAAACUCCUACGGAUCGUACAACCUAUCGUCGGAUAGCUUCGCAUUGAAUCCACUGGGAGCGUACAACUCGCAGGCGUCGUACGUGGACGUGUCGAGCGGUGCUUUCGAUGUAGCCACCGGUACCGGUGGCUCACUGCUCGACCCAUCGUCCGUUGUUGUAGGCCCGUACGGUCCAGCAGCAACGGCAGCGGUUGUGUCCAGUUAUGCGUCCUCUUACGGUCCAACCGCCAGCAAUCCUUCCUCCUUUGUCCAGAGCUCCCUGAAUCUCCCAACCGGUGGUGUUGUUGGUGGUGGGAGUGGUGCAGGAGGUGGACCCGGUACCGUUGGUGCCUAUUCGUCUCCGGGUAGCAGCAGUACCACCUCGAACUACAGCAGCUCGGCCAAUUUCGGUGCCGGCAGUGAGCACACGAUCUACGACAGCAAGAGCUACGACGCGCAGCGUAAAUCGAUCGACGAUCAACUGAAGCAACUCGAUGAGCAGUUGCUGAGCAAGCGAGGGCUUUGCUGCUUCCCAAGCUUGACCACCAAGAAACCGAUUCAAUCGCUGCUGGCCGACGAAGUGUCUGUACUGUCCACUAACAAUAGUGAAACAUUUCUACAGAAUCUGGCACAUAUUGGAUCGGACCGACGUUCGGAACAACCUCCCGAGCGUGAUCAGCUAGGUAGUGGCGGUGGUCAAAAGGCGGACGAUAUGGUGCUGCUGGAGAAACAAGGCCGGUGCUCGCAGAAACUGCGAGGUGGCAGCAGUUCAUCCAGCGGAACCUUAGGCAACCUGGCACACGUGUCACAAGCCGUGGGACAAAACAUGACCGACAUCAGUAACAUUGGAGGAUCGGGAGGUGCGGGUGAUGUUUCCAGCGGUGGCUCAGUUGUCUCCAGUAACGGCAAUAAGGUCUCAAAGAUGUUAUCCGGUGUUUCGCAACAGGCUACCCAGCGUGGAUCUUCUCUGCCACCGAGCGCACUGCCAAGACCUCCGAGAAGUUUGAAACCACCGCGCAAGAUCGAGUACGGACGGCUAAGUGAUGGAGGAAGCGAAAGUGGUAAGAAAACACGCGCUACAACACCACCAUCGCCGGCAUCUUCCUCCGGUACCAGCCAGGGUGGGGGCAGCCUCAAACGGUCCGGUCGUGAGUUCUCGCCCGCGAAGGGAAGUUACGUUGAAAUGAAGGACACUCUACAGCUAACCAAGGACUACCAGAGUGGCACUACGUUAAAGCACAAAUCGUACGGUUCGAUGACAACGGUGGGUUCCGGCGGUGGUACACAACCAUCCGUGGCCAAAUUUGGCUUUGGAUCUUCCAGAUCUGGUACGGGAUCGUCCGGACCAUCCGGUGACUAUCCUUCGACGAAAAACUACCAACGAUUGGAGGAUCCAUCGCCGACCGGUCCUACAGCGGUUGCGAGCUCACUAGGCCAUCGGCACAACAAUAGCUCCUCCCAGUCGUCUCAGUCACGCAAAAGCUCCGGUGACUCCGGCACCCUGAAGCGAUCGCUUCUGCCAAAUACGGGCCGUAAGCCGAAUGUUGCUGGAGGUAUGGCCAAGAGCAGCGGAUCACGCGACUCGUUGAAUUCUGCCUCGUCCGGUUCGAAUCACUCGAAUGUGGGACCGGCCCGAUCCAGCCCACAACCCCAGCCCCAUCCCGCCGGUUCGGGAUAUCAUCCACAUCAGCUGGCUUCCCGCACGCCACCCCGUUUUCUUCAGCACCAUCAUCAACCUUCCACCUCCGUUGAAUCGAACAAAUCGCAUUCGAACUACCACAGCAUGCCGACGGCCCAGACCGUCCAACAGUUCCAUCACGGAUUCUUCGCCAAGUUUCCCUCCCCGCACGCAGGUUCACCGGUGCGAAACGGUGCACAGCAGCAACACCACCCGAAAACUUCAUCCUCGCUACCGAGCUCCAGUAUUCUGCAUGCCGCCGCAAACUCAUCGGCCACGUCGGCGAUUGGCCAGGCGUCAACCGCUUCCCUGCCACCGAAACCGUCCAUGCUGGACAAGAUGGUCGGAGGAACGUCCAGUUCGGUCGGCGGUCAGCAACAGCGACGGGGCAACAGUUUGGCGCGGGUAGAGAACAAGUAUCGCAUUCAAUUCUGA